AGCAGAAGAGAGUCAGGAGAGAGAAGGGGAGAAAGAGGCCAGAGUAUCCCAGAGUGAAGACUUGCCCCAGGCUUGGAAGCCUGAUGGCCUCCUGGCCCCCUGGUACUCCUGCCUGCCAUGUACCUGAUUGCUUCAAUACACAUAGAGCUCAGUAAAAGCCUGAGAAAGCCACUGAGGGCUCAGGACUCUCCUUUACCCCGUCUGCCAGAUCAGAAAACGUGCUCAGUGCCCAUCCUGCCCCUACAAUUGGCGUAAGUUGGCAGGAUGAUCCUAUGCAGAUGCAAGACCUCUGAAGACCUCAGGAGGACUGAGGAGUAGCAGACUGUGUUUGCCUGUGACAACACUGGACGUGUCAUGGCAGCACAGGUGGUGACCAGAGUUGAGGAGCUGCAGGAAGAGCUGAAGAUGCUGCAGGAGCACAGGAGGUGGACAAGGUCCAGGAGCUGCUGGACGAGUCCUCGCCUGGAGGAGACAGCCUGAGAGGACCAGCCCACCAUUCCUGAGGCAGCAGAAUUGUCAGGAAGAAAGGACCACGAUUUGGAGCUCGCCAGUGCUGAUGCAGGAAAAGACUGAUGGACUUGGACUUAUAGUCCCACCAGAAGGUGGAGGAACUUUGGCAGGAUCGUUGAGCAAAAUGGGAAAUGGUUCAGUGAAGCCCAAGCAUUCCAAGCAUCCUGAUGGCCACUCCGGGAACUUCACCAAUGAAGCCCUGCGGAACAAGGUGACAGAGCUGGAGAGAGAGCUGAGGAGGAAGGAUGCCAAGAUCCAGGAGCAGGAGUACCUUUUGAAGGAGCUCCGGGAACAGCUGUCGAAGCAGACCGUGGCCAUCGCGGAGCUCACGGAGGAACUCCAGAACAAGUGCAUCCAACUGAACAAGCUUCAGGAUGUUGUGCAUGUGCAGGGAGGAAGCCCGCUGCAGGCCUCACCAGAGAAGGUGCCUCUGGAAGUUCACCGCAAGACCUCGGGACUGGUCUCUCUCCACAGCAGGAGGGGAGCGAAGGCUGGGGUGUCUGCUGAGCCAACAACCCGAACCUAUGACCUCAACAAACCUCCAGAGUUUUCCUUUGAGAAAGCAAGAGUCAGAAAGGACUCCAGUGAGAAGAAGCUCAUUACAGAUGCCCUGAAUAAAAAUCAGUUUCUGAAGAGAUUAGAUCCUCAGCAGAUCAAAGACAUGGUGGAGUGCAUGUAUGGUAGAAACUACCAGCAAGGGAGUUACAUCAUUAAGCAAGGAGAACCAGGAAACCAUAUCUUUGUGCUGGCAGAGGGCCGACUGGAGGUGUUUCAAGGGGAGAAAUUGCUGUCAGCCAUUCCUAUGUGGACCACAUUUGGGGAACUAGCCAUUUUAUACAACUGUACAAGGACCGCCUCUGUGAAAGCUAUUACCAACGUUAAGACUUGGGCACUAGAUCGAGAGGUAUUCCAGAAUAUCAUGAGAAGGACAGCUCAAGCUAGAGAUGAACAGUACAGAAACUUCCUAAGAAGUGUAUCCUUGCUGAAGAAUUUACCUGAAGAUAAGUUAACCAAGAUCAUUGACUGCUUGGAAGUGGAAUACUAUGACAAAGGAGAUUAUAUUAUUAGAGAAGGCGAGGAAGGAAGUACCUUUUUCAUUUUAGCAAAAGGAAAGGUAAAAGUCACUCAGAGCACAGAAGGCCAUGAUCAACCUCAACUGAUAAAAACACUGCAGAAAGGAGAAUACUUUGGAGAAAAAGCUCUUAUCAGUGAAGAUGUCAGAUCAGCUAACAUUAUUGCUGAAGAAAAUGACGUCGCCUGCCUGGUUAUAGAUCGAGAAACCUUCAACCAAACAGUUGGGACUUUUGAAGAAUUGCAAAAAUACUUAGAAGGGUAUGUGGCAAACCUGAACCGUGAUGAUGAAAAAAGACAUGCAAAGAGAUCCAUGUCUAACUGGAAGCUGUCCAAAGCACUCUCUCUGGAGAUGAUUCAGCUGAAGGAGAAGGUGGCCAGAUUUUCCUCAUCAUCCCCAUUCCAGAACCUUGAGAUUAUUGCAACACUGGGCGUUGGUGGGUUCGGAAGAGUUGAGCUUGUUAAAGUGAAAAAUGAGAAUGUUGCCUUUGCUAUGAAGUGUAUCAGGAAGAAGCACAUUGUGGACACAAAGCAGCAGGAGCACGUCUACUCAGAAAAGAGGAUCCUGGAAGAGUUGUGUUCUCCCUUCAUCGUGAAGUUAUAUCGUACUUUCAAGGACAAUAAAUAUGUAUACAUGCUUCUGGAGGCCUGUUUAGGUGGAGAGCUGUGGAGUAUAUUAAGAGACAGGGGCAGUUUUGAUGAAUCUACUUCCAAGUUCUGCGUUGCUUGCGUGACAGAAGCAUUUGAUUACCUGCACCGACUAGGCAUUAUCUACAGAGACUUGAAGCCAGAGAACUUAAUUCUAGAUGCUGAGGGUUAUCUUAAAUUGGUUGACUUUGGAUUUGCCAAGAAAAUAGGAUCUGGACAGAAAACAUGGACAUUCUGUGGAACUCCAGAGUAUGUAGCUCCUGAAGUCAUUCUCAACAAAGGACAUGACUUCAGUGUGGAUUUUUGGUCCCUGGGAAUUCUAGUGUAUGAGCUCCUCACUGGGAAUCCACCCUUUUCUGGGAUCGACCAAAUGAUGACUUACAAUUUGAUUCUCAAAGGAAUUGAAAAAAUGGAUUUUCCCAGAAAAAUAACAAAACGACCUGAGGAUUUGAUUCGGAGGCUUUGCAAGCAAAAUCCAACAGAAAGGUUGGGAAAUCUGAAGAAUGGAAUCAAUGACAUUAAGAAACACAGGUGGUUAAAUGCUUUUAACUGGGAGGGGUUGAAAGCACGAAACCUUCCAUCACCUUUACAAAGAGAGCUCAAUGGACCCACAGAUCACAGCUACUUUGACAAGUAUCCCCCUGAAAAAGGGGUGCCUCCCGAUGAGCUUUCAGGCUGGGAUAAAGACUUCUGACUGAAGAGAAGAUGUUUUUACUGCCUCGAUACUACAGAAGAGGACUAUGAGGACCUAUAAUCCAACACUUAUUAUUUCUCUCUUUGGAUUGUUAUACUGUCUUUUUGGAAUAACAUCAGAGAAAAAUAAUCCCUACCCAUGAGGUGGGGGUAGACAGUAGUGGAUAUGGAGAAGGUUCUGAAUUAUGGCAUCUCACUUAGAGUCUGUGAAUUAUUCAUGUAUUCCAUUCUUUGUUUGCUUAAAUAUUGAAGGUUAUCCUAGUCACUCCACAGUCAGAACCAUUUUUGUUGAAGGGACAUUUUGUUUUCUCUGCAAUCUUUUGCUCCAUACCUCUCAUGUCCACCUCCUUUGAAUCCUAGUGACAAAGUCAUGCAAAUAGAAGAAAGAACAAAGAGUGACCCUGCUGUUAACUCCACGUAAGCAUUAUGGUAUCUUAAAGUGGUGUUUUUGCAGACAUCUUGGUAGUCAAUAGGAACUCUUGACUUUCAUCUGCCUUCAUCUUAGAAAUAUAUCAAUAUGCUUCUAACCAGUCUAGGGAAAAGUAAGUUUGAGUAUUAGUGAUACCACUUCUUAAAUUAUAUGAGUUAAUUAAUCCAACCAGGAAAUUAUAUUCUAUUAGGGAACUUAGAAAAAAUUAAUAGAGCAAAAGAUAUUUUUCAUUCUCCUCUGCCCAGCUCUCAUACCUUAGAGUCCUUUUAAAAGCCUCAUUGAAGGUAUUCUAAAGUGUGGUUCAGUGAUAGGGCCUUUGGAAUGAUUUUAUCUUGUAUACAAUGUGUUUUCACAAAGUGGAAAUAUGCAACAUUAAUA